AGCCGGAGCCGGAGCCGGAGCCCCGAGCCGGAGCCCGGAGCCCGGAGCCCGGAGCCCGGAGCCGGGGGGCGGCGUCGGCGGGCGCGGGCGAGCGAGGGCCCCUUCCCGGACCUGGCCCGGCGCCGCUGCUUCGCGUUCCCGGCGAGGCGGGAGACCUGCCUCCUUGCCUGCUGGCCGACUGCCGAGGAGCCCCUCGUUUUUCCGCCACCGAGGUAAAGGGGUUCAGCGGGCGGAGCGCCAGAGGUGGUUAAGUGAACCUGCCGCGGCCGCCGGGAUCUGCUGAGGCGCCGGUCCGGGGGCGGGAGGCCACCCUGGAGCCUCUCUGCGGGGUGCAGGGAUGGAAGACCCCACGGCGCACCCUCUCUGCGGUGUUGCUCGCCUCGUGUGUCCUUAGGAAUGAAGAGGCGACUCGUGGUGCCCCGAGGAGCUCCUGAAAGCCGGAUGGCAGGGAAGAUACCACGGGACACACACUAGUGAGCGUGUGGGGGCCACACACGUUUUUGAAUGUAAUUGGAUGAGCGUGAAAGAGGUGCCCUAUUAAAAAGCACAACAGCCCUCUAAGAGGAGCAAAAUCGAGUUUCUCCAUGUUUGCCGAGGUUUUGGAGACUGUUCGAUGCAUUGUGCAUUUGAUGUGAGAUGAGAACUUUUUAAGGUUUUCUGUGCAAGAGCGUAAACGAUGACUACCCCGGCCCUGCUGCCCUUAUCUGGACGAAGGAUACCACCUCUGAACCUGGGACCGCCUUCCUUCCCACACCACAGGGCUACCUUGAGACUUUCCGAGAAGUUUAUCCUCCUCCUUAUCCUAAGUGCCUUCAUCACCCUGUGUUUUGGAGCAUUCUUCUUCCUUCCAGACUCUUCAAAACACAAACGCUUUGAUCUGGGUUUGGAAGAUGUAUUGAUUCCUCACGUAGAUGCCAGCAAAGGGGCUAAAAACCCUGGAGUCUUUCUGAUCCACGGACCUGAUGAACACAGACACAGGGAAGAAGAGGAACGUUUAAGAAAUAAAAUUCGAGCUGAUCACGAGAAGGCCCUGGAAGAAGCAAAAGAAAAAUUAAAAAAGUCGAGAGAGGAAAUUCGAGCGGAAAUUCAGACAGAGAAAAAUAAGGUAGUCCAAGAGAUGAAGACAAAAGAGAAGAAGCCACUGCCACCAGUCCCUAUACCAAAUCUAAUAGGAAUAAAUGGUGGAGACCCAGAAGAUAAUGACAUACGAAAGAAAAGGGAAAAAAUUAAAGAGAUGAUGAAACAUGCCUGGGAUAAUUAUAGGAUGUAUGGUUGGGGACAUAAUGAACUCAGACCUAUUGCAAAGAAAGGACACUCCACUAAUAUAUUUGGAAGUUCACAAAUGGGUGCUACCAUAGUAGAUGCUUUGGAUACCCUUUAUAUCAUGGGACUUCAUGAUGAAUUUGGAGAUGGGCAAAAAUGGAUCGAAGAGAACCUUGAUUUCAGUGUGAAUUCAGAGGUGUCUGUGUUUGAAGUCAACAUUCGAUUUAUUGGAGGCCUGCUUGCAGCUUAUUACCUUUCAGGAGAAGAGAUAUUCAAGAUUAAAGCAGUUCAACUGGCUGAGAAACUCCUUCCGGCCUUUAACACACCUACUGGGAUUCCUUGGGCAAUGGUGAAUCUGAAAAGUGGAGUAGGGCGAAACUGGGGCUGGGCAUCUGCAGGUAGCAGCAUUCUUGCUGAAUUUGGUACACUGCAUAUGGAGUUUGUCCACCUCAGCUACUUGACAGGGGACCCAGUUUACUACAAAAAGGUAAUGCACAUUCGGAAACUGCUUCAGAAGAUGGAUCGUCCAAAUGGUCUUUAUCCAAAUUAUUUGAACCCAAGAACAGGUCGCUGGGGUCAGUAUCAUACAUCAGUUGGCGGGCUGGGAGACAGUUUUUAUGAAUACUUACUAAAAGCAUGGUUGAUGUCAGAUAAAACAGACCAUGAGGCGAGAAAAAUGUAUGAUGAUGCUAUUGAGGCUAUAGAGAAACAUCUUAUUAAGAAGUCCCGAGGAGGUCUCACCUUUAUUGGAGAAUGGAAAAACGGGCACUUGGAAAAGAAGAUGGGGCACUUGGCCUGUUUUGCUGGGGGAAUGUUUGCACUGGGAGCAGAUGGUUCCAGAAUGGAUAAAGCUGGUCAUUAUUUAGAGCUAGGGGCAGAAAUUGCACGUACAUGUCAUGAGUCAUAUGACAGAACUGCAUUAAAGCUGGGUCCUGAAUCAUUCAAGUUUGAUGGUGCAGUAGAGGCUGUGGCAGUCCGGCAGGCUGAAAAGUAUUACAUCCUCCGUCCAGAAGUAAUUGAAACCUAUUGGUACCUAUGGCGAUUCACUCAUGAUCCAAGAUAUAGACAAUGGGGCUGGGAAGCAGCACUGGCUAUUGAAAAGUAUUGCCGAGUAAGUGGUGGAUUUUCUGGGGUGAAGGAUGUGUAUUCCUCUACUCCUACACAUGAUGAUGUACAGCAGAGCUUCUUUCUUGCUGAAACAUUAAAAUAUUUGUAUCUGCUGUUCUCCAGUGAUGAUCUUUUACCUUUAGACCACUGGGUAUUCAACACAGAGGCUCAUCCUCUGCCCGUGUUACAUUUAGCCAACACCACACUUUCAGGAAAUCCUGCUGUUCGAUGAAAGCGGCUCCAGAAAGACCAUUCUCACCUGUGUUUUGUUUACAUGGACCACUACAGAAAUUAGUCUGGAGAGGGGGCUUUUGGAAACCUGGACCUCAUAAGUCAGCAUGGCAGGGUGAAACAUGACUGUGCCCCACAAGACUUUGCAACUUGUAGAUAUCUCAACUUUGAAAUGAUUCCAUUUUAUACCUGACCAAAACCUGGUAUGUAUAAGACAAAGACCUGGUAUGCUUGGAUUCUUAAAGAGAUGGUCACAUGGGAAAUUUUGCCUGUUACUGCUAUAUUGUUUCUAGCGUCCUGGAAUCUGGAAACUAGACUGCCUAAAGAUAAGCCGAGAAUGUGGAGCACCUUGCGGGAGUGAGAGAUGGCCUUUGGAACCGAUUAUAUAUUUGUUCCUUCCAAAGCUUUCAAAUCAAAUAUUUACUUAUUAUUUAUCCCCCUUUCUCCAUUUUUAAUAAUGGAAGGAACUAAAACAAAAGAACAGUAGAACGGCAUCAAGAGCAAGAAGACUGGAAAAAGAAACAGAAGUACCUGUCCCCAUCUCAGUUUUCAAGUUCCCCAUUGGACGGCCAGACUGGCAACCAUUUCAAAUCCCAGUGUAUUCCAUUGAAAUUUCUUGGUUAAAUUUCAUUUUCUCUGGGGGCAUGAUCUCACAAAGAAUACUCUUCAAGUCUUUGUCUCCAUAUGGAAUCAUUGAAACUGCUAUUUAUCAUAACCACUACUUAUGAGCCUGGGUUUGGGAUUUUGUGCAUGUUGAUCAGUCUAGUGUUGGUAGCAUGACAAAAAGUGGGGGAAACACUAUAGUUUGUCUCCUUGAAACCUGUUCUAAGAGAAAGCCUUGGUCUUGUUGGUAGGGGAUUUUUUUUUUUUUCCCAAACCAGCAAAUCUACCAAGUGAAUUUUAUCCACUUUAACCUUCUUAUAAAUUUAGUAAAAUCCCUCAAACUUACAACUUAAUGUAGUUUGGCAAAAUUCACUAUACUGUUUUGCAACUCUGAAUUUACUUACCUUGAUGAGCCAAAUUUCUUUUACAGCCUAUUACAUCAAAAACAAACUACAGUGAAACUUGCUUAAACAUUCUAUCUGGAAUGGAGAUAGGGGAUCCUUUAUUUAUUAUCUCUUCAGAUGAGUGAGUUUUUCACAAAUAUUUUAUGUAAAAAAUAAGAUUCAGCUUUUAUUUUCUGCAAGGAUAUUUAUAGAAAUCCAAAGAAUCAGAACAGCUUCAAAAUAAUUUUUAGUGAAAAAAAUGUAGUAUAAUUAGUCAUGUUAACUAAAUUUGGGAUAUAUCUAAGGAAGUUUCUCUUACCAUCAAUAGAUUUUGCAGUGAUAUUUAUUUUUAAAGAAAUUACUAUUUCUUUAUAUUUGGGGAGAACUUAAAUUUUAUCAAGAACUGUAUUAUAAAUAUGCUUGUAAAUUUUCUGUCCCUUGAAUUUAUGUCACAGUGCAAGACACUUUCUUCUUUACAUUUAAUACAAACAGCUUCCAUUGACAAUAAAAUUUGGGAGCAGUAUAAUUAGUCUAAUUAUUUACUCUAAUUUGAAAAUUUCAUGAAACAAUGUGAAAGAAGCCCACCUUGGAAUUCUGAAGGCAUAUUCUCUUAUUUUGAUAGCUUUUCUUUUUAACCUUUUAUUAGCAUGUAGUAGAUUUAAAUUGGAGAAAGAUUUAAUAAAUUAAUAUAAUUAAGUAUUUUCUAAGGGUGAUCACCUUAUACCACCAAGAGUCAGACAAUCCUCACAAUUUAGCAAAUGAUCCAGAAAUGAUAAUUACCCCAGAUUUUUCAGUAUACAUAGAAGAUAAGGAUGUGGAGCUCUAGUGCAUUAUUCAAGUGUUUAAGAGAGUUAAAUUUUAGCACACAUUUUGAAAUUAUAGUAUCUUUUACUAGAAAAAUUAAAAUUCUUAAAUGAGAAGAGUAGACGACUAACUUGAGAAAGGGAAAGUAUUUGGUUCUCAAAAAAAUGUUAGCCUUCCCCCUAAAAAUAGUGCAAGUCCACUUACAAGUCACUAAAUAGUGUGAACAACUUGAGGUAGCAAAGAGCCGCUGGGUAGAGACAGUGAGCCACCCAUACUUUGUUUUGAAGGGUGCACAGUAAAGGGGCCUUCUUGGUCUCCCAGGAGCUUCUCAAGGAAGGAGAAGACAGAGCCCCGACCCGGCAAGUGCUCGGUUUCUAUCUCUGGGUUGAGUGGGGCUUAAGAGGAAGCUAGAGAGGUGCUUGAACAUGGCCAGUGCUCGUUCAAGCGAAUCGAGAAUCGGAGAGGUACAAGGGAAGGGUCUUCACCACCACCCAGUACCUCCCCCUGUGAUGACAAGACUAGAGCUUAUCACAAUGCUUCCAUUGUUUCCUUCUCUGAAUACCAAAGGCAAUUAAAGUCAGCUACAGAUGACUUGCCAGUGUCAUGUUUCAUUUUGUUUUGUUUUUUACAGAUUUUUAAAAUUAUUUCCACUAAGAUCAAUACUUAUCCCACUUUCUGCUUAGUUUUCCAAGAGUAUUUACUUUCUUUUGUCCCUUGCCGUCCUUGGCAUUUCAUAGACCUAUUACUCAGGUUAAAAUACUCAUUAUGUGUAUAAGACCUUUGCAGAGAGCCUAAGGAUGCUUCUUUCCAGGUGCCUCUUCAGAGAGCUGGCACCUAGUUUUGUGCCUUUGGCACAAAUGUGCUGAGUAGAUUGAUCAGUUGGUACAUAAAAGAGAAGCAGAGAUGUUGAACACCCCUCUACCUUCUCCAUUUCUCUUCUAGAAUUUUAGAAUCACACUUUUUUGUUGAAACCAGUAUAAAGUUGUUAAAGCCAAGUGAAUGCGGCCCUAACCAAAAACCCAUCUCUGCAGAUAAAACAGACCCCAGUCAGAGAGUUCUUCCUUUCUGGGGAGUUGCGUGUAUGUGUUGUUGUGUGCCUGACACCAACUUCUACCCGUCUUUGAGCAGAGGUGUGUAUAUGUAAGAGUGAACUGGAUGUUGGAGGAACACGUUCCUUUUGUGAAACGUUGACCCUCGUUCUCUGUGACAUCAGCUAAGGCACCCCUGGGCUGCCCUUGGUAGAUCUUAACCAAGCGGUUUGGAACUGUGACCAUCGGCUUCUCAUCUCCACUCUCCUUUGCCAAAGUCUUUGUCCGAGCUCCAGAUUUGUUGAUAAAAGAUUCUGCUUGCCAUUCUCAUUAUACAGUUUCUCCUUCAGCCUGGAUUUCUGUGAACGAAUGCAUGCGUGAGUGAGCGAAUGAGUGAACAUAGAGUUCCUGAUAGGUGCCGAGCACUGUGCUAGGCACUCGAGCAUUAGAACAUUUUGUGACUCUGGUGCCAUUUUCUGUGUAAGAGUAAUUCAUACCAUCGUAAAUGUUUUCCAGUAUGAAUUAUGUUACAAAAUCAUUAAUUUUAUAUUUCAUUUAAAUUAAAGAGGAAGAGAAAUGGUUUAUAAUAUAUUUUAAGCGAUGUGUUACUAUAUAGUACUAACAGCUAUAAUUGUAGUUAAUAACUAGUCUCUUGGAAAAUGUCAGAGAAAUACUUGAUUUCUGAUGUAACUUUGACUAAAAUACUUUAGAAAUAAAUAAAAACAUUCUUAUUUUGCUAUAUCACUUGAAUUAUAUAAUGAAAAGGUAAUGUUUUAUAGAAAUGCUGGUUAUUUUAUAUUCAAAAAAUUUUGUCAUGUAAGUCAUGCAUAAAACCUGCAGUUGUAAAUUAUUUUUCCUCUGCUAAGGGUCCCAGUCAUGGUCCCAUGCUGUUAAAUAUAAAUAUAUAUAUAUAUAUAUAUACUAAAAUAUUUCUGAGUUCCAAAUAACAGUCUUUAGUAAUCGUAUUUUGAGUUCUUGUUUCUCUUUAGUCUCCAUACCUUCCAAUUGGCUAGCUCAUAUUCUUAUUCUUUACAUAAGUAUAUACAUAAAUACAAUCAUACACAGAUUUUUGAUAUUGUCUGUGUUAACAAACACAGUUGCUAACCAGUUUUAGCUACGCAAAUUCUAAGCAGAAUAAUUGGGUAACCAAAUAUGAUCUGGCAAUAUUUUAAUGUACUUAUUCUGGUUCAAGAACACAGGUGAAGACAAUUUUCUCUUCAGCUCAUUCAGAUCAUGAUGGAAACAUUCUUUGAUCUAUAAUAGGUCAGCAAGCUUUUCUGUAAAGGCCCAGAUAAUACUUUAGGCUAUGUGCACCAUCAGUCUCAUGUAUCUGGUACUCAUUUCUGCAAUUGGAACAUGAAAGUUGGUGUAGACAAUAUGUAAACGAAGGGAUGUCGCUGUGUUCCAAUAAAACUUUAUUUACAAAAGCA